AUGUUGAAUCAAACUUCAGCAACUUCUCGUCGAUUAGUUGUCAAAUUUGACUUCUAUGGAAUGAUCAGCAUGAACCAGACUACGAAUCAAACUUUAAAAGGUGAUUUCACGAUAAUUUACACUAUCAUUUGGGCAACAAUCAUGUCCAGUCUGGCUAUUUUAACGAUUAUUGGCAAUACAAUUGUUAUCUAUGCUUUACGAACUAAUCGUCAUCUGAGAACGGUAAUGUGUUAUGGAUACUGUUUUGUCUUCUCAUGUUCGUCAAUUCCUUGUAAACCAAACCUUCAUACGAACGUUGUCUUAUGUCAUUUCAACCUUACAUCGUUAAUCUCGUUGAAAAGUUUACUUAGUUCCACAUGA